AUACCCAACAGACAUGGCUGGGUACCUUCUGAUCAUGGAUGCAUUUCCUUGCCCUGGCGGCCUACUUGCAGAGUCCUCGUGGUGAAUCCCAGAAGUGACAAUUCGAAUGGUUCCUCCAGCCUUUAGUGCAACUCAGUCACGGUUGGCAGUACUAACUACAGGUGCUAUUGAGAGUAUCGUCAGUCCGGUCCCUACACAUGCCAGUGGUUUGACCCUUGCUGGAAUUAUUGGGGGGAUUGCUCUUGGAGUUUGGGUUCUUUGGUUGUUGGUCGUCCGCACGUGCAAAAUCAAGGCAAACGUUGCAUCCGAUGAAUCCGCCCCGCUCCUACAUCCAAAUCAAAUUCGAAAUGACCUUCAGGGUGAACAGAGGGGUUAUGCUGCCGCGUUAAACAACGAGGCAUUACUCUGUUCCAUCUGUGCAAAUCUGGAUUUUUACCAGAUCUUCCUUGAUGGCAUCCCGGAGGCGGAGGACAUCCCGCUCGAUUUUCUCUCGUCCAUCUUAAAAAAAUCCUACCAAUGCAGUUUCUGCCGCCUCAUAUCCUUUCAUGUGCGUCGAACAUGGAUGCUGGACAAGUUUCCUCACGUCGAUAUCUCAGGAAUACAAUGUAGGAUGUUCUCGAAACCUUGUGGUUGUCUUCAGGCGCCCUCAUAUCCCCCAUCCACAUUCCGUUGCUACCGCCUCUACAUCACGAUGGAAGGCCUAGAGAACCUUUGGAAGAUCUAUCCGGCUUUCAGGGCAGCAGGUGGGCUGAACAUUCACCUCAUGCAAGAAGACGCUUUUAAGUUUGGGAGACCAACCGACCUUCAUUGUCGUAGGCUGAAAAGCACUGUGGAUAUUAAAAUGGUGAAAAAGUGGAUUAAAUUGUGCCAGGAGAGCCAUGGAGACAGUUGCAAAAGUCUCUCGGCAAUAGGCGAACGCGACAAUAGGAAACUGCCGGGGUUUGUGAGAGUGGUGGACGUAAAAUCGAUGGCCGUGGUUUCUGCACCUUCUGGUUGUCGUUAUAUCGCCCUCAGUUACAUUUGGGGAGGCAUCGGCGCAGAGUAUUGGACGACGAAGGAUAAUAUAGUAGAGCGCAGCACGCCUGGCGGGUUGAGCACGGCAAAGCUCCCUGAUACCAUCACUGAUUCGAUUCGAUUCGUUCGACAACUCGGUGAACGUUACAUAUGGAUUGACGCUCUAUGCAUCAUUCAAGAUAAUUCGCGGGACAAGUUCACUCAGAUACACGUUAUGGAUUUGGUCUACGGCCUGUCUUACCUCACAAUAAUCGCUGCCGGUGGUGCGUCGGCUCGAGACCCUCUCCCAGGGUGCCGCCCAAAAACUAGAACGCAACAACACAUCGAGGUCGUCCAAGGACUUCAUCUAUGUGCGGCACCUCCAAGACUCAAGGAGGCUCUUGCUCUGUCCGCAUGGAAUACACGUUGUUGGACCUAUCAAGAGUGCGCGCUUUCCCGCCGAAGGUUAUACUUCACUGGGCAGCAAGUCUACUUUGAGUGCCAAAUUGAUGUCUUCUGCGAGGACGUCAUUGCUGAAAGCAAGUGCGACUCUACCAACUUUCUCAGGUAUACACGUGCAGAAAACUUUCCUCAGUCUUUGGAUCCCUUCACGGGUUACGAGUCGGCCGUUAAGCAGUGUACACGGCGCAAUCUCACUGUGGAAUCAGACAUCGUCGAUGCUCUCACCGGAGUGACAAAUGCUCUGGCGAAAAUCUUCGGGCUUGGUGACCCUGCCAGAGCCUUUUACUAUGGAAUGAUGUUGACGGAUAUACACUAUGCGCUUCUCUGGCAACACAAUCCACACACACCUCGUACUCGGCGUUCACUCCCUGAUGAAUGCAAUUUACCUUGGCCUUCUUGGGCAUGGGCUACGUGGUGUGGCGCUGUUGGCUACAUGUCGGAGCAUCGCUAUUUGGUGACCCAUCCUGUGGAUGCUUGGCUCGCGUAUUCGGAUUUGGGCAGCCCUUCAGUGGGGGAAAGCCUUGUUGAUCCAUGGUACAUUGUGGACCAUAGUGGCGUUAUAGUGCAGCUUGAUGUACGCAGGGUUUUACGACGGGUUGUUUUGAUUCGCCAGACGGAGGGAGAGGUGUCCACAUAUUCUUCUCCACCAGGGAUCUUAGACACAACGGAGCUGGCACUAGACAUUCAUCCACCGUUGCACCCAGGGACCCUCAUUUUCCGCACAACUUUUAGCCACUUUGCCAUUGCACGGCGACAUGGCGCAGAAUUACACCCAUCUGUCCACCACGGUCUCUCCGACAUUCUCUCCACUUCCUCCCCUCCUACUUGGGUUGGCACUGUGAUCCUACCAUCGGAUGUUGCCCCGCCGACUUCCCUCGAGUUCAUCGUCCUUGCCCGCACCAGUUUGCGAGGUGUGUACGACGAAGAGAAGCUUGAAUUUUAUCAUGGAUGUUUAUUACAUGUAAUGGCGGUCAGUCAGAAUCAAGGGUUGAUGGAACGUGUUGGGUUGGGUGUCAUCCAUGAAGCAGCCUGGAUUGCUUCAGAGCCGAAGGCGAAGGUAGUGUUUCUUCGAUAAUGGCUAGCAGUGAUAGUAUACCUCGGUUGUUUGAAUCAACAAGUCCAAUGAUUCAUUGUCUUUCAGGAGGCUUGGUG